AUGACUCCACCCACGCCUCCGAAUUCUAUUCCAGUUGAGGCUUCUGAUCGACCUCAGACCUCAUCUCUAGAUUCUGAUUCAAUUGGGGUGCCUGGACCUGUCAUAUCUCGCCGAUCACAUCGACUGUUCAUAAUUGGUUUCUCUUGCAUCAAGAAUGUCUUUCUCCAUGAUGAUCUAUCUGAGGAUGUUAAUAUGACAUUGCCUCCGAGUUUUCCUCCUUCUUCUAAAAGCUACCUUCAGCAACAUUUUGAUACGAAGAGUCUUGGCCACCUUCGGUAUUUCUUGAGUCUUGAAAUUUCGUAUGGUCCUAAUGGGUUUUAUAAGUCUCAGACUAAAUAUGCUUUUGAUAUAUUGUCUCGUGAUGGUCUCACUGAUUGCAAGACAGCUUUGACACCCCUUGACACUGAAUGCCAUCUUACACCAAUGAAUGAGACUCUUCUUGACGAUGAUUCUCUUCAUCGCCAAUUUCUAGAGAACUUGAUUUACUUGACAAUCACUUACCCUAACACUGCUUACGUUUUAUAUCUGGCUAGUUAG